AUGUCAACAAACAUGUCGGACCAUGACUACGCUUUCAAGGUUCUUGUUUUGGGAGAUAGUUCCGUUGGAAAAUCCAGUCUGAUUAGAAGAUUUCACUCAAAUGUUUUUGAUCAAAGACUUCCUACGACUAUUGGAGUCGACUUUUUUAUCCACGACCUGGAAGUAGACGGGAAGAAAGUCAAGGUAAGUAAAGGCGGCAACGUGCAGUAAUUGGGUAACAAUCUAGGAACGAAAUUGCUGACAUGGUGAUUGUUACCACAAACCUUUCCUUCCCUUUACAAAUGUCAGUAUGUGCAUUGGAUUAAAGUUGAGUAUUGGAGAAGGGUAUCAGUCCAAUAUUUAAGCUUUAAAUGUUAGUUUUUUUGUGCAUGCGUGUUAUUUGGGUUUUGGAAAUUUAUUACGAUCAUGUCUUCGACGAUCAUUCCAGGUGGUCUGUACCUACUAAAUUGAACCCCCGGAAAUUAUGCUUUGAUUUUAUUACUUUGGUUUUGGUUUCUCAGCACUCAAUUGAAUUUUGCUGUUGCUUUAAGCUGAAUUAUAUGCAUAUUGAUGUCAUGUACUUUUCGUCAGCUUCAUUUGUGGGACACAGCAGGUGAAGAGAGAUUCAGACAGAAUGGACUGACCAGCUCCUAUUACAGGGGUGCUCAGGGCGCACUCAUGGUGUUCUCUCUGUCAUCACGCAAAUCAUUUGAAAAUAUCCAGACUCACUGGUUGGAGGAAUUUUACCAGAAGAGGUAAUCAAAUUUCUCAGUAUUUGUGCCUGUGCAGAUUUACCACCUUUAAAAAUAACAUCCUGCAUCCCUCAUCACAUGUUAAUGGUCAUUUGAUGAUAAAAAAAUAUUUGUAAGUUUCACUUUUGGAGGCCAGAAAGUUAGCCCAAAUCUCAAUAACUAACUGGCUGUAUAAAAUUCUACAUUUUCAGCAGUGGAUCAGAUACAGUUACAGUUUUAGUGGGUAACAAAUGUGACUUGGAGGAUAAAAGAGAAGUUGAUGAAGAUGACAUAAGGGUAUACAAUUUUAAUAAUUUGCUAUACAUGAUUUUUUUUCAAGUAAUUAAAAAUCUAAACCAGUUAGAGGCAGAGACCAGUUGGCUAUUUUGAAAAUGCAUCCAAUAGGUUUAAAGCUUAAGGCAAAAUAGAAAGUGUUUGGCUAGUACCUGGGUGGAGGGCUUGUGCACAAAACCAUUACUAGUCCAGCACUUUUGCCUUUCAGUUGUGUAAUUAUUUCUUUGGUUUCUUUUAACUCACAAAAGGAAUUUGCAGAGUUGAAUUCCAUGUGUUGGUUAGAAACAAGCGCCAAAGACUGUACUAAUGUGAAAGAAGCUUUUGAAACAAUGGCUUACAAACUGUGUGAGAGCCAUGAGCAGUAUCUGUCAUUUUCAUCAGAGAACAGCAUUGGACCAGGUAGUUUUACCCUUCAUGGAGCCUAUGGUGUGCCUGAACAAACAGAAGGCUAUUGUUCUGGUUGUACUUCAACAAGUUAACUACAGUUAAAUGAUUACAGUGUUAAAUGAUUGUUUGUCAUGUCACAACUGAGAAUAGCAUAGGGGAGAUUCUGAUCCUGUUUCUUGCAUAAAUUUUAGAAAAUUCAUGUCACUUAUUUAAAAAAAAGAAACAAAAUCUCUGUUCUUGUGUUCAAGGUUUCAGUGAAAUCUUGAGGUUUCCAUGAAAUUUCAUGAGGCAAAUCAGGCCAUAAGCUGAUGAUAAAUUCAUGAAUUACGUGCCUGUUUAUAAAAUUCACAUAUUGCAUAUAAACUCUAUGGUUCCAUACACAUUUUUAAUAUUGAAACACUGUAAGUAAAACACGCCUUGUAUGGAGGCUGUUUGAGAUGGGGCAGGCAAGGCCAAUGUAUGAGAGGAUCUAGGCCACAGUCUUACCUAUAAAUCAGCCACAGACAUUCUUUGAGAUACCUCUCUUACACACAGGGUUUCACUGGAUUUUAAUUGUGUUAUCUAAGAGUGCAGUUGAGCUUUUAUUUAUUAUUGCACUCUACAAUUUAUGAUGUAGGUCACAGUCUACUAGGAUAACAGCAUUCUUUUGAGGAAGAAAAUAGUUAAUAGAAGUAAAGGUAGGGUUCAGUUCUCCCCUCCACUUAAGCCUGCUUACCAAACCCCCCAGUUGAAUCUGACUUUAAAAAGAGGAACAUUGAAAAUUAAUUAGUUCUGUCUGGUUCUGUCUGGAAGUAAGAAGAUACAUUACUUUCAGCUUUUUCUUCUAGUCAGAAUUAAUAUUUGUGCUUUCUCCAAGGCAUUAGUGAGAAUUAGCCAUAGUUAGCUCAACUACAAAAUGAAUAGCAACAUUUUCAAAAUGCACCAAUCAUAUGUAAAUAGCAAGUCUCUAAAUAUUAGAAAGCAACAUUACAUGGAAACUAAUGUCAAGUUUAAUGACUGCAUAAGCAACAUGUUUAAUAGAUAAGUUUUACUGACAGUCAUAAUGUUAAGAAUGUAAGUUACUGGUAGUUACUUCUCAUUUAUUUUAUGUUAUGAUUGUAGUUACAUAAUAGACUUAAUGGCAG